AGGCAAAGCUGAGUGUGUCAGUGAUGCUGAUAAAACUUCUCUGGAAUGUGUAAGAAAGGGCAAAAGAUGGUGUUCAGCAACUGUGAGAGAGGAGUGAGAAAAUGUGAGAGAAAGAACAUAGAGAAGGAAGUCCAGGUGCCAGAGUAGAUAUUCACUUCAGAGUGCAGCUGGGUCUGUGUGGUCUCCCAAGGUCAGCCCACCCCAGCAGACCAUCAGGGUGGAGGGAAAUUCUUCUAUUUCCCUGCAUCUGGCAGACCCUCGUCAGCUUCAUGUCAUCUCCAGGUCUGAGCCCACAGGACCCAACCUUCCUAUCCAAAAGAAACACUCCUCGAUGGGCCUCUUCCAGGCCCACCAUGGGCCCCGUGCCAAACACUGAGCCCCAAAAGACACAACUUUCCUCUUCAUACCUCAUUGAAUAUUCUCUUUCUUGUGUUUCACGUCCAGGAGAAAGAUGGUGGAAGACCAGCCGCACCUAUGCAUUCAGAUGUCAGAACCCAGUACAAAUGGCAUUCCCAGUAGAAUGCAGCCCUUGCCAGACUUGUCUGGCAGGGUAGGAAGCGUGCUCACCUUCCACAACAUCUACUACCGUGUGAAGAUAAAGACUGGGUUCCUGUGUUUCCAAAAAACCACCGAAAAAGAAGUUUUGAGAGAUGUCAAUGGCAUUAUGAAACCAGGACUGAAUGCAAUUUUGGGACCCACUGGCAGUGGUAAAUCUUCGCUACUGGACAUUUUGGCUGCAAGGAAGGAUCCCCGCGGGCUCUCUGGUGACAUUUUGAUCAAUGGAGCUCCUCAGCCUGCCAACUUUAAAUGUACCUCUGGGUACGUAGUACAGGACGAUGUGGUCAUGGGAACCCUGACUGUAAGAGAAAAUCUGCAGUUCUCGGCAGCACUCCGCUUGCCAAAGUCAGUGAAGGAACAGGAAAAAAAUGAACGAGUGAAUCAGAUAAUCAAGGAGCUGGGUUUGAGCAAAGUGGCAGAUUCCAAGGUUGGUACCCAGUUCUCUCGUGGGGUGUCUGGAGGAGAGCGGAAAAGGACCAAUAUUGGGAUGGAGCUCAUCACGGAUCCUGCCAUCUUGUUUUUGGAUGAACCAACCACAGGACUUGAUGCUAGCACUGCUAAUGCUGUCCUACUGCUACUGAAAAGGAUGUCAAAUCAAGGAAGGACAAUCAUCUUCUCCAUCCAUCAGCCUCGUUACUCCAUAUUCCGACUAUUUGACAGCCUGACACUGCUGGCUGCAGGGAGACUGCUGUACCACGGCCCAGCCCAGCAUGCCAUUGAAUACUUUCAAUCCAUUGGCUACCAGUGCGAGCCCUACAACAACCCUGCUGAUUUUUUCCUGGAUGUCAUCAAUGGAGACUCCACCGCCGUGGCAAUGAACAAGGCUGAUGAAAGUAACACAGCAGACAGCACUGAAGAAUGCUCUGAAUAUGAUAAGACAUUGGCUGAGCAAUUAGCAGAAAAAUACUGCAACUCUGCCUACUACCGAGAAACAAAAGUACAUUUAGAGAGCAUUUCUUCAGGAAAUAAAAAGAAAACCAAAGGACUUUUCCGGCAAAUCACAUAUGCCAAUUCCUUCCUCCACCAGCUGAAAUGGGUGUCCAGGCGCACAUUUAAAAACCUGAUAGGAAACCCUCAGGCUUCCAUAGCUCAGCUUUGUAUUACAUCUUUUCUGGGACUGAUUGUAGGUGCCAUCUACUUCGGACUUGAAGAGAACUCUGCUGGACUACAGAACAGAGUGGGUGCAAUGUUCUUUCUGACCACCAACCAGUGUUUCAGCAGUGUCUCAGCUCUUGAACUCUUUGUUGUGGAAAAGAAGAUAUUUAUACAUGAAUAUAUCAGUGGGUACUACAGAACAUCUGUAUACUUCAUAGCAAAGCUAAUGGCUGAUUUAAUACCCAUAAGGACUAUGCCCAGCAUCAUCUUCACCUGCAUAGUUUACUUCAUGCUAGGUUUGAAACCAACAGUACAAGCCUUCUUUACCAUGAUGUUCACUCUUAUGAUGGUGUCCUACACAGCCACUUCCAUGGCACUUGCCAUUGCAGCAGGACAGAGCGUGGUCGCUAUAGCAAACCUAUUCAUGACUGUUGCAUUUGUUUUUAUGAUUAUUUUCUCUGGGUUGCUGGUCAAUCUUACAAGCAUCAUGUCCUGGCUCUCCUGGCUCAAAUACUUCAGCAUCCCUCGAUAUGGAAUGACAGCUUUACAGAUCAAUGAGUUGACUGAUCUGAACUUCUGUGGCAGCAGUAAUAACACAGUUUUAAGCAGUGGCAGUAGCUAUCGACAGACAGGCCAGAUGCCGUGUACAGGAGAGGAGUAUCUGAAGAGUCAAGGCAUCGAUGCCAGCACCUGGGGUCUGUGGCAGAACCACCUGGCUCUGGCCUGCAUGACCCUGAUCUUCCUCACCAUUGCCUACCUCAAACUGCACUUCAUGAAGAAGUUCUCCUAAAACCAGAGGGAAAGAUGCAAUUCCCACUGUUCAGUAGUUCACUGAACCGAUUGUGGAACCGACUUGAUUACUUUGAAGGGGGCAUUUCUUUGUACUUUUAUUACUACCCAAGUCAACAACGUGAAUGCCAUCCUUGUAUAAUAAAUACUUACUGUUAAUUUACUGUGCCAAAA